CCCACCUGCCUCAAUAUUGCCAGCAAAUCAUGCGCUUCUGCAUUCUCUAUUGCUUCGCCAGGUCGACUCCCCACUGCCGCCCUCGCUAUUCUGCAAAAUGCAGGCCAAUCAGUCGCAUGCCCCCAAAAGUCCACGGCGGCCCUGAUGCGGACAAGUCACCGCCAUGGUGGUUAGCAUUAGACUGCUUUGGCGCCCCAUGGCCUUGCUUGACUCGCUUCCGCUCCCUCAAUGUGCCAUCCUUCUGGCGGGACGAUGGCAGGCCAUCACACAUGGCUUGCGACGGGUCCAACUGUCCAGCCCUUUUGAUGUAGGCGACAUUCGAGGGUGCCUGCCCGUGUGCUCGUUUAAAGCGUGUUCAAGGUGCAGUACCGUGUCUGGCUUGUCUCAAGUGUUUGAUUCUUUCAAUCUCUGCCGUUCCGUUCCUACGCUUCGCCCCCCUCCCCCCCUCCUC